CGCAGGCAUUAUUGAUUGUGACAGCCGCGGUACUUCUCAGAGAAACCCAGUCACCAGGAAUAUGUCUUGACUUCACUCCGGUGAUGCCUUCGGAAGAAGAUCCAAUGAUUAUGUUUGAGUGCCCUUGCAACAGAUCAGUGGCUCGCCUGCUCAUUCCUUUGGAGACUUGUCCCAUUCGGCCUCUGGUCGACUGUUCUGUGGUAGACUGCCGGGUCUGAGCCCACACCCCGGUCACAGGCGCUAGGCGCGUUUUCUGAAAUCUGGGUCCGUAACGCAACAGAUCGGAUGUUCAGAUAGUUUGGAUUUCACCGUCGUAUGCUUUUCGCGCUGAACCGAGGAACGAGUCAGCAGCUUACACGCACGCUCGGACUGGGAAGUUGAGCUUAGCACAGGAAGUCGCUACGUCGGAGAGCUUCAGGGAUCUGUACGACGUGUGUGGUGAAGUGAAGCGUGCACAAGCUAAACCGCGGAGCGGAGUGCUUAUGUCAGUAGAAGUAACCAAUCUCAAUCACAUUGCGGACACGACGCUGCAACGAUGAAAGUGUUGCUCCUUGCCAUAGUUUGCAGUGCGCUACUGUUGGUUGUGUUGGGUCAGGAUGGCAACGACAGACUUAUCGUCACAGUCAGCCCAGCCCGAGCACAUCGUCGUGUUGGAGGCUCGGUAGAGUUUCACUGUGCUGCUGACCUGUCAGAGCUGAACAACCCCAGUGCAGCACAGGUGAGGUCUGUAGGCUGGCGUCGACCGCGGUUCAGAGCACUGCCACGCUUCAGGCACGUGAUAUUCAUGGGUGAAGGCGAUGAAGCUCAGCAAGGCCCUGCAAUGGCGAACAACACGCUGCUGAUCUUCUCGCUACGUUUUGAAGAUCAAGGCGCAUAUCUGUGCGAAGUGACCUUGUCUACUGGCUUGCAGGAAACUGCCUCUGCUUCUUUGCUUGUUGAUGACGUCCGUGGAACAGAGCAACCCAGCGUUAUAGACGUAACUACAGCAAUUGCACCUGACCCAACUGAUGUACCGCCCACUGAUGCCGGUCCAGUGACUGCUGAACCAGCCGACACUACAGCACUACCAGGCACAGAUCCUGUUGCCAAUCCAAACACUCCUGGAGCAGUCCCACCCGAAGACCAAGGCACGACACAACCGCCUGGUCCACCCGGCCCUGACUUUGCUGGCCCAAGACCAUCUCCUAUUGUUCCUGAUGAUGCAGGAAACCCAGGAUUACCAGGUGGUGAUGCGGGCAAUCCAGUAUUGCCAGGUGGUGAUGCGGGCAAUCCAGUAUUGCCAGGUGGUGAUGCGGGCAAUCCAGUAUUUCCAGGUGGCGAUGCGGGCAAUCCAGGAUUGCCAGGUGGCGAUGCGGGCAACCCAGGAUUACCAGGUGGCGAUGCGGGCAAUCCAGUAUUUCCGGGUGGCGAUGCGGGCAAUCCAGGAUUGCCAGGUGGCGAUGCGGGCAACCCAGGAUUACCAGGUGGCGAUGCGGGCAACCCAGGAUUGCCAGGUGGUGAUGCGGGCAAUCCAGUAUUGCCAGGUGGUGAUGCGGGCAAUCCAGUAUUUCCAGGUGGCGAUGCGGGCAAUCCAGGAUUUCCAGGUGGUGAUGCGGGCAAUCCAGGAGUGCCAGGUGGUGAUGCAGGAAAUGAUCCUGAUACAAUUCCACCACAGCAACCACCGACACCAUCUCCAUGUUUGACCAAUCCCUGUCAACACAGUGGCAUCUGUAUGGAACGCCGCAUUGGUGGCGCCUACACAUGCAUAUGUCAACCUGGAUGGACAGCAGAUAACUGUGACCAAGACACUAACGAAUGUUCAAACGGGCUGCACGACUGUCCACAGCGCAAUUCGGAAUGUGUCAACAUUCCAGGGAGUUACAUUUGCCAAUGUGACCCUGGAUAUGAACUAAUCAAUGGUGUCUGUGUUGACACGAAUGAGUGUGAGUCGGAGGCGGUGGAGUGCAGCACGGAGGUGAUUGGAGCCUGUAUAAACAUACCAGGGUCAUAUAUUUGUGAAUGUCCAACUGGAACUACUGGUGAUGGUCGAACUUGUGAACCAAUUGAAUGCCCGGAGUUGCGUGCUCCACCCAAUGGCCAGGUAGCCCUCAGUGAUGGUCUGAACAUCAACUCUAUAGCAGACUACACAUGUGAUGUGGGCUUUGAUACUAGAGACUUGACAAUACGUGUGUGCUUCAGUCAUGGCAGCUGGACGGGAGUGGAGCCCAAAUGCAAUGACGUAGAUGAAUGUGAAAGUGGCACCCAUGAGUGUCACAUCAAUGCAGAAUGUGUGGACACAAUCGGAUCCUAUCAAUGUAUCUGCAGGCUGGGAUAUUCCGGCAAUGGCACUUACUGCACGCAGAUCAUGUGUCCCAUGCUGGACAAGCCGGAGAACGGCAAUGUGCAGGUCAGCGGUCGUUCCUACAGAGACCAGGCAACUUUUGAAUGCUUCCCGGGCUUUCGUCUAAAUGGACUCGAUGUGCUGGUGUGCCUGAUCGAGGGGUCAUGGAGCGACGAGCCACCGUCAUGCGAUGAUGUGGAUGAGUGCAGUGAAGGUCUACAUGACUGCUCGCCAUCAGCAGACUGUGUGAAUACGGAGGGCAGUUAUGAAUGCAUAUGCAGAGACGGUUAUACUGGCAACGGCGUCGUAUGUACUCGAAUUCAAUGUCCUGAGCUGGCUGACCCAGCCAAUGGUGGUGUCCAGGUUGUGCCACCGGACCGCUACUUCAUGUCCCGUGCAUUCUACACAUGCAUGCAAGGCUACUCCCUGGAUGGUGUUGACAUACGCGUGUGUGCUAUGCAGGGACAGUGGACAGACAAAGAGCCACGCUGCAACGAUGUGGAUGAAUGUGCACUUGGCAAUCAUGGAUGUCAUAUCAAUGCUAACUGUAUUAAUACCAAUGGAUCCUACAUGUGUGUAUGUCUCCCUGGUUAUUAUGGUGAUGGCCGUGAUUGCAUAAAGAUCACCUGUCCACAGUUGCAGCCAUUGGACAAUGGACGCAUACGUCUGAGUGAUGGUAACAACUAUCAGUCGGUGGCGACACACACCUGUAUGAUAGGCUAUCAGCUAGCUGGACAGCGACGUCGUGUCUGUCAGAACACAAGUGCAUGGUCUGGUGAUAAUCCAACUUGUGUCGAUGUGAAUGAGUGCCUGGACAAUCCGUGCAGUCCGAACGCUCGCUGUAUCAAUGAACCAGGAUCAUUCCGCUGUGUGUGUUUGGAUGGAUACACCGGUGAUGGGUUUGUGUGCAGGGAUAUUGAUGAGUGUGCUCUGGGAAUACACGACUGCCAUCGCAAUGCCGUGUGUGUCAACCUACCAGGCACAUACAACUGUGAAUGUGUAGCUGGGUACACUGGGAAUGGACGAGUUUGUGUGUCCAAUGAAUGUGACGACUUGAACAAUCCACUUCACGGCACAGUGCGCAUCUUUGGCAGUGGUGUUGGAGCCAUUGCUAUCUACUUCUGCAACUCCGGUUUUAACAUCGCUGGCGGGAGAAUUCGCUACUGUGAAGACGGUGGCCAAUGGACUGGGCAGGAGCCAAUGUGCAAUGAUCGCGACGAGUGCAGUAAUGUGCGCUGCCAUCCACUAGCUACAUGCCGUAACACUCCCGGCGCGUAUGAGUGUAUUUGCCCACCUGGUUACACCGGAGAUGGGCGGCGAUGUGUCCCCAUUGAUCCCUGUGCUAAUGGAAUACAUGGCUGUGAUGUCAAUGCUGAAUGUGAUGCAAGUACCGGUGUAGCAGUGUGUUCGUGUGAAGAAGGUUUCACUGGCACAGGACAAGCAUGUAGUGACGUAGAUGAGUGCAGUGAUGCGGCAAGAUUAACAAACUGCGACAAGGCAGCACUGUGCUUCAACCUGAUUGCUACAUAUGAAUGUGUCUGCCCGAGUGGGUACACAGGCAAUGGUACACAUUGUCAACCAUUGGACCCAUGCCGUGAUGUUGUGUGUGGAAUACACGCCGUAUGUGUGGAGACAACACCACCGGGUGCAGAUCAACGUACAGCUGAAUGUCGAUGUGAAGACGGUUACUAUGGUGAUCCAGCAGUUAUGUGUGUCUAUGUAGACCCAUGUGACAGUUUACCAUGUGGCGUGGAGGGUGUUGUCUGUGCUGGCUCAACACACGGUUACAACUGUACUUGUCUGCCAGGAUAUGAACAAGUCAGUCCCACUGUUUGCAAAGAUGUGAAUGAGUGUAUUGAAGCUGUGGAUGUUUGUGAUCAGAAUGCACUCUGCACUAACCUAGCCGGCAGUUACCUGUGCACAUGUGAGAAUGGCUUCAUCGGCAAUGGGGAAGUAUGUGGCGAUCAGGAUGAGUGCUUCGAUAGUCCCUGCGGAGAGAACUUUGAGUGCAAGAAUACAGUCGGAUCAUAUGUGUGUGAUUGUCCCGAAGGUUCUUUUAUGGAUGGUCAGGUCUGUGUGCGUAUUGUACCAGGAAAAUGUGUGAAGAAUGGCGUGGAGCUGGAUAUUGAUGAAACCAGGGACUUUCCCCUCACCGAAACUCGCCGUGCUUCACCGCCUGCUGCUGACAUCAUCUUUGUCAUUGACGAAUCGGCGUCCAUGGUAACUGAGCAUCAAUGGCUGAGUCGUCUCAGUGAUCAGUUAGACAAAGCACUGGCAGUGCAAGGAAUUGGUAUUGCCAUGCCCAACUACUUCGGCUUGGUUGGGUUUGCCAAGGACAGUCCUGCUCACAAGACAGGGCGCAUUAUCCGCAUGGAGAACGGUCGCUUGUUUGGCUCGGCUCUGGAUUUGAGUGAUGCGACAGUAGAGCUGGCACUGGAUGGGCGUGAUGAGGACAUGUACUAUGGUAUAGUGACCGCUCUUGAACAGUAUCCAUUCCGACCUGGUCUAGCGUGUCAGAUUGUGGGUGUAACGGAUGAAGGCCGCACCGUCUUACCACCUCCAGUCAACUCCAGCCUUACAGCGUCACCGACAUUCAACACUAUACUGGCAAUGCUACAAGAAAAGAACUGCGCACUCAAUGUUGUUGUCAAUCAACAGAUGUCAGCUGACAGUAAAAGUGCGCUGGGUGUUGGAAGCAGUCGAGACGGAUUUGUUGAGGUUGGAAGUGGCGAGUUUGAAGUACUGCGUGGUGUUGGAGUUGCCAAUGUGGACUCUGCACAUGGCAGUACUCAUCGCGCCUAUACCCUGUUGGCAUUCGCCACCGGUGGAGGAGCCUGGGACUUGAAUAAAUUGCGAGUCGGUGGCCCCACAGCCGAUGCGUUCACCAAAGCAUUUGUGUGGCUCAAGGAACGCGAGAUCACACGGCAGCUUUGUGAGCGCUGUGUCUGCAUAGAAGGUGAACCAAUGCCAUUAUGUCAAAAAGGAUGCUUUGGUGAACCACCAUUUGAGAUCAUAGUGACUGGUGGUGAAGGCGGCGGUGGUGGUCCCAAAGCGCCAGAAGAUGUUCCUGAUGCUGUCAAUCCCGGCGGCGUAGCAGAGUUCCAUUGCUAUGCUGAAGGUGAUCCGGCACCGUACUUUACCUGGGUGCUGGCUGAUGGUGGCGACUUGCCAAGUGCUCAUGACAUUCUCGGCGACCAAGGCAACAUCCUGCGACUGCGCGAUGUGACGAGACGCACAUGUGUCCGCUGCAUUGCUAUCAACAGCCAGGGCAACUCCAGUGCGGUGCAGUGUAUCAACGUUGCUCAGUCGUGCCCUACGGAAGGCGGUGCGGAAAUACUACAUGGCACUUCUGAGCGCAAUUACUCUACUAUACGAGGCGAUGACAUUGUCAACCUACCCGGCUCAGCAUUGGUAGUGUUUGUGGUGGAUGAGUCUGGUUCUAUGGUCGGUGAACACCAGUGGCUAAAAACCAUGGCCGUAACGUUGGAGCAGAAUCUUGUUGAGCGUGAUGUACGUGGAAAUCAGUAUGCUCUAGUAGGAUUUGCCAGCCCUAACCCUAGGCCAGAAUCAGCGCUUGGUCGUAUUGUUCCUGUUGGUCGCCAGGGACAGCACUGUGGCAGUGCAGCUCAGCUUCGACAAAGUCUCGAAGGUUUACACAUCGAUGGUCGGCGUGAGGAUGGCUACUCCGCUAUGGCAACGGCUCUCAAUCAGCUAUCAUGCAUGCAGGAGCGCAAGACACGCAGCGCCAGCGAACUCGUUGUAGCCUGUCAAAUUAUUCUCAUUACAGAUGAAGAUCGAGAUGCAGAAACAGACUGGACAUAUGAUCGUGUACUGAACGACUUGGCUCGAGAGGACUGUAUCCUGAAUGUAGUUGUUCAAGGACGAUUCCGUGGCCGGGAUAAGAUUGGUCGAUACUUCCGUGCACUUGGUUUGGAUCGGCGUGGUCGAGCUGUGGUGGCCACUCCAGACCUGACUGACUUUGCAUUCUUACCCAAUGGAGAGUUUGUGAAGGACACCGGAUUUGGUACAACUAAGCCAGAUUACAUAGUCAUGGCUAACGAAACUGGUGGUGGUGCAUGGGACUUGUCCAUGCUCAGAACGGAGCAGUACAGAGAGUCAUUCACCAAAGGCUUCAUUGCUUCCAAGGUGGAGGAGAUCCAGUUGCAGAUCUUUGGCACGUGCAAGGAAUGCCUGUGCACCAACGGCUCACUGGUUUGUCAGCUACUGCCAGGUGUCAGCACUCGCACACGCUGUAUUUCACCACCAACAUCAACGUCUCUACGAGUCCAGUUUGGUGAUGGCAAUGCUGAAGUGGGAGAAGGUGACUUGUUGCGUCUCCAGUGCAAUGCAACCAAUACACAGGGCGACAAGGUAACCGUUGUGUUCAGACCACAUCCCAUUGCUGCCAUCCAAGUGGGCAAUGAUCUCUUCUUCCGCAACAUCUCCAAGGCUGACAUGGGCCGAUACACAUGCCUGGCAAGAACAGCGCAGGGGCAAACGGAAGCAUUCCUUGACCUGAAUGUUGUUGACAGAGCUCCUGUAGCAACACCGGGACCUAUCCGUCCAGGUGCUGGAUCCAGCAACAGUGGUGCGGACAAUGGCGGCGUGCCUGCAGGAACCGGUGGUCCAGACAUGCCAAACUCUGGCAAUAGUGACCUGGUGAUACCGUUCAGUGAUGUCAGUAUACACGCCAGCAUGGCAAACCUUGUGCUGGGUGAUGCACUGGUGUUGACGUGCUGCGUGGGACCACGUGCAUACCCAGUACUCGACUGGUACUUCCUAGAUGCCAAUGGCUACGAGCUACCACUGCCAGCCACCUCAGUCAUCUCCGAUAAAGGACAGCUGGUGAUUGUUUCGCUUGCAGCAGAACACAGCGGACGAUACCAGUGCGUACACAGAACACUAUCCGGAGCAGAGGCUGGAGAAACAACUGUGCGAGUACGCGGUCAAGACGUCAACAUCUCGCCUACAUCAUCACAGUGCACCGUUAGAAACUGACCAAGAAUGGCCAUGCACCCUCAUCGGAAACUGAACAAGAAUGGCCAUGCACCCUCAUCAGAAACUGACCAAGAAUGGCCAUGCACCCUCAUUGACUUUCAGUGACUACACGUGAGAUCUCUGCUGUGAGAACAUGAAUUCCAAUGAACUGCAAUACAGCCAACACACGAUAAUUAUGUAUUUUUUACUGCCAAGCAGUAGAAACCAAUGAAAUUGACCAGAGCAGAUAUCAUACUGGACUUGCACAUAAUGUAGGCAGCAUGAUUGUGUUCUCUAAAUGUGAUAACUGGUCUGUAGAACUCGGUUAGUGAAUAUACAGCCAGGCCCUAAAGCAGAGUCGCGCGUCCAAGAACGUUGUUUCCAAGGGGUUAGCCUGGCGUUCUUAUUUUUCUGCAAUCUGACUGUGUUCUUAUAGCACGUUCUUUGAAACAAUUCGUAUUGGAUCAUAUGUAUCCCAAAAGUUGCCAGAAAACCAACACCAACGUUCUUAGCAUUACAGGCUGGACGUUCUUGGUCUCCACGUUCUUCGGCGCACGACUCUACUGUAUUAUUUCUCAACAUGACAUCAGGAGACCUAUGUUGCACGCUAAUUGUAUAGUAGCAAUUCACACAAACACACACACACAUAGGCGUUACGUAGCAUUAUAUGUUAAUAAUAGUAUGUAACACAUACCCACACUCUCAUAUAUCGCAAUAAUGUCCUUCCUUAUCAAGGGAAACAUCAUGGAAGCACUGCAAGAACUACACGCAGUGCUAUCACUGAAUGGCAAUACUGAAUACUGUGUAGCAGUUAGCACAGUACUAUCUGGUAGUCACUACGGAUUCACAUGUAUAAAAUAGAAUAAUUAUUAAUUCGA